AGUGGACUAUAUACAUAUACGCUUCUUGCUUGCAACGCGAUGUUUGCGCGAGUUUUACAGCGCAUCUGUGCGUAUAUGCGCAGAUGACACGCUUUUAAGGCGCUGAAACCCGUGUUGUCGGCGCCUAUAAAAUACGCGGUGUUUAAGCUCAUAAGAUGAAAGUGCCGACAUGACAGCAUUCGUUAUUAAAAAUGUAUUGUAUCCUCAAUCCCACUGAGCAUAUAACCACUACGUUUUACUCAAUCCUGUGUUUCUUUGCUUUGCUAAUUUGUAGUUGAAAUUUCAUUCGGUCCUCCCCACCUUACUGACCUGCUGACAUAAAAAUUGAAUUCAAUCGUUCCAUUUAAUCAUUCAUUCACCCUACGUAUAUUUUCGUGUGCGUGCGUGCACGAUAAAUUUUUGUUUUCGGCAUAACUGCACUUUUCAUCCCGUUAUUUGAUAUCAGAAACAGUAAUAUAGGCUAUAGAUAUGUCUGAGUGGGACACGGUCACUAUUCUUCGCAAGAAGCCGCCGAAGGCAUCGGCAUUGAAGACUGAACAAGCUGUCAACGCAGCACGCCGUCAAGGACUCCCAGUUGAUACUCAACAAAAAUAUGGUGCAGGAACUAAUAAACAACAUGUAACAACAAAAAAUACAGCCAAACUUGACAGAGAAACUGAAGAGCUACGUCAUGAGAAAAUACCGUUAGAUUUGGGAAAAAUAAUAAUGCAAGGAAGACAGGCCAAAGGCAUGAGCCAGAAAGAUUUGGCAACAAAAAUAUGCGAGAAACCGCAGAUUGUUAAUGAUUAUGAAGCUGGCCGAGGAAUUCCAAAUAAUAUUGUGCUCGGAAAGAUCGAAAGAGCAAUUGGAAUAAAACUUCGUGGAAAAGAAAGAGGCCAACCACUACAGCCUCCUGGAGGAAAGAAAUAACGGGUUCUCUGGGAGGCGAAGACAAGACUCCGAUAUUAAUUGUUUAUUGCAUAAUAAUUUAUCUCAUUUUGCUGUUGAAUGUGUUCUUGUAUACUAAUCAUGAAAAAAAAUAUGAUGUAAGCAUUUAUUUUCCUCAAAAUCUGGAAUGUUCUAACUGUGAUGUGUUGCCAUCUAUAAAGUUCCAAUUUGCGUAACUUGCGAGGGAUAUGGAUGUGAUAUGCAAUAAAGAUAGUUACU